GAGCAGUCACAAGACCGGAGCGGCGCGAGGCCACAAGCAGCUGCUCCGCGCGGCUUCUCUUACGCAGUGUCCCGCAGGCAAAGUGGCAGCAUGGCCGCUCGCAACCAGCGCUCGCAGGUCUCCAGGAGAGGAAGAGGCAAUUUUCCUUAGGUUUCUCUCCGCAGGGAAGGGAAGGAGGCGUCGGGGGGAGGAGACUGCUUCUGCUGCCGGGGAGCGGCUGGGUCUCGGUGCACGGCGGCUGUUCCUCCAGCCCGGGUCGCCUGUCAAACAUCGCGCUGCUCGCGUCGACGCUAAGCUAGCCCGGUCGCUAGCUUGGUCGGCUUGUUCGGCGCCGAGCUGGUGCGUAGGUGAUGUUGUCGGUGUUGUCUUACGGUAGACUUGUUGCCAGAGCUGUCAUCGGCGGACUUUCUCAGACGGACGGCCGCGACUACAGCCUGGUGACGGCGAGCUGCGGCUUCGGCAAGGAUUUCCGCAGAGGCAUCCUGAAGAAGGGGAUGUGCUAUGGGGACGACGCGUGCUUCGUCGCCCGGCACAGGUCCGCCGAUGUUCUGGGGGUCGCGGACGGAGUCGGCGGCUGGAGGGACUACGGCGUGGACCCGUCGCAGUUCUCCGGUACGCUGAUGAAGACGUGCGAGAGGCUGGUGAAGGAGGGACGCUUUGUGCCCAGCAACCCUGUGGGAGUCCUUACCACCAGCUACUACGAGCUACUGCAGAACAAAGUGCCUCUACUGGGUAGCAGCACGGCCUGUAUUGUGGUGCUGGACAGGCAGAGUCACCAGCUGCACACGGCCAACCUGGGGGACUCCGGUUUCCUGGUGGUCCGAGGAGGAGAGGUGGUCCACCGCUCAGACGAACAGCAGCACUACUUCAACACGCCCUUCCAGCUGUCUAUUGCUCCCCCAGAGGCUGAAGGGGCGGUGCUCAGCGACAGCCCAGAAUCAGCAGACAGCUCCUCCUUUGACGUGCAGCUAGGUGACAUAAUCCUCACCGCCACCGAUGGGCUGUUCGACAACAUGCCUGAUUAUAUGAUCCUCCAAGAGCUGAAAAAACUGAAGAACUCAAACUAUGAGAGCAUUCAGCAGACCGCCCGCAGCAUCGCAGAACAAGCUCAUGUACUGGCGUACGACCCCAACUACAUGUCACCUUUUGCACAGUUUGCAUGUGACAAUGGACUAAAUGUCAGAGGAGGAAAGCCAGACGACAUCACAGUACUGUUAUCCAUCGUGGCAGAAUACACAGACUAGAAUCUGUGGGCUGGUGGUGUUGGUAAUUUGCCUCUGGAGGUGAUGGACUGCCUCUAUUCCUGCUGGCCAGGAUGUAUGUUUGGCAUCUGAUGUUUGCUCCACAUCUACUGAAACAUGCUGACAGUGAGAGGUCAAAUUAUGCAAACAAGAGGCCUAAAAAACCUACUUCUGGCCCGGGUGGAUUGUUGGCAUCUUUGUAGUUUUCCACUGCUCACUUGCUAAUCCCAUAGCCAAGGCUCAGCAGUCAACCAGCCCGGCUGGAGAUGAAGCAUCCUGCUUGAGGUCAAGUCACCUCUUUCCUGAUAGGCUUGCUGGGGUGGGGAGAAAGUUGAGGCUUGGCUGUAGCCAGACAGCGAUGUUACCAUGGCUACCACCUGAGUCACCGUCCAGGAAUUACAAAAUGACUUUGGAGUACAAAGGGAUGGCAGCAGUGCGGCUCAAUAACCAAGCUGCAUUUUGAAAGCUGACCUGAAGGAUGACGUGGACGAUUCAAGACUUUCAUGGAAAGCUCUUUGACUGUUUUUUACAGGAGCAAAUGUUCAAUCGGACGAUGGCGCUCAGUUCAGUGGUGUGUUCAGGGUCUGGCAGACGUCUGCAAAAAAGAGCUUAUGUUACAUAGACACACCUGUGGGCUGGCUCAUCUAUUAAGAUUUCAUACUAGAGAGCGGCAGCUGCCUUUUUCUUACCGGUGCAAUUGGAGUCUUGCACAUGUUUUGUUACUGAGUGGGGGGAGUAUUUGUGGUUCAAAAGCCUCUUGAUGUGUGGCGUAUCUGUUUGUCAAACCGAUGUUCUCCCUUUAAUCUUAAAGCUGCUGCUGGUGAAGUCUUAAUAGUGAUUUUGUGCGACGUGUGCAUGGAUACGAGUGUGACGAAUGACUGGUGUGGCUGAGUUGGAUGUCGAGGCUCCAGAUUACUCCAGAUCCACUGGACGGCGCUGGUCUGGUGACCCUAAACGCACAAAGCUUAAGGAGCACAGCUGAAAAAGCUCGAGUUGGUCGUGUGACCAAACGUAUUUUUGUAACUUUGUUCAGUGUGAUUGUUCACUGCUUCAGGGUAGCUUACGUUGUUGUUGUUGUUGGGUUUCCUUUCCCUCUCCCCUCUGCUGUAGAGUUGCAAUAGGAACGGCCGUCCUGUCUCCAUUACACCACUGCAGAUAUGCAUCAGGUUGUUCUGCAUAUUUUCCCUACUCUUGGAUGUCACUGUAAGGUUCAUAUGUUGUGUGUUUGCAUUAUGAUGUGCCUUGUAUCAGGAUGUGUCGAUACUGGCUAACAUGUCCAUGUUUAACACCCCCUCCAAACUGGGUGGUGUGCCGAGCACAGAGCCCUGGAACUGUAAGGUAGCCAUGGUUGAAACAGCCCUGCUGUCUAAAGAUAAGGCUUUUUCAUUUCUAUCUUUUUUUUUUUCUCUUAAAAUCUACCACUGUGUGUUGGGUCAGGAUCUGCAUCCCUGGCUCAGAACGUCAUCCCUGUGGAUUUUUCUUGUAAAUGUAAACAAUCUACACUAAUGAAAUAAAAUUCUGGAUUAUUUUUUUCCCCCUCAUAAAUUUAGACUCUUACUAAGGGCUGCAGAAUUGGGCGUGGUUUUAAGAUGACUGUGGUGGAUGUGAUCCGGGCAGAGGCUUUAACAGAAAACAUAGAUGGUGUUGUUAUCCCAGGGACAAUCUAAGCAGCAUUAACAAAAGCUGUUCAGUUCUCCGGUCAUCUGGUUCCCAGCUCAUGACUCACACCUGCAGCAACGCUCUUCCUGUUUGUCUCAUCUUCCAAACGCACUUCGUCACCCAGAGCGUGUAAAUACAGUGUACAGUUAGACGCAGAUCCAAAUUCUGUGGAGGAGUUGAAAUCUGUCCGAUAUUUAAAUAAAGACGAUGGUAUUUAUUUAUAA